AUGGCAAAAUGGUCGCUCUUAUUUUUCUACUUUUUUCAUGGACAACUUCCCUUCAUCCUUGGGCAACAGCAGCAGCGCACAGCUGGACCCUGGCGGCACCGGAUCCAGUGGGAGAACAACGGGCAGGUUUAUAGUUUAAUCAGCACCGGAUCAGAGUACCAUUCUCCGGUUCGGUCCAGAAGCCAGUCGAGGGUUCUUGUAAGCGGCAGGUGGGAUGGCACCAGGAGCCAGAUGCCGGGAGCGCACAGAGGAGCGACGCUGGUAAGACCCGGACAGGUUGAGUCCAGACAGUUCAGGACUGAACACGGUACGGAGUCUGGAUCUACUGCGCCAGGACGCGAUGUUCGACAGUACGCGCCUUUUACCGGCCGUGCGUCAGGGGCCAGGCAGCAGCCGGAGCGCCCUCAAGGUGCUGCAGGUUACAUGAGCGCGCGACGCUUUUACCCUGAACUCACCAACACCAUCAACGCCUCUGCAUCGGGGAGGUUUAAUGAUUUCCCAGCUAGGAGAGGAGGAGGUGUGGAUGCAAUGCACACCAGAGGAGGAGAACCGGGGCCCGGUGCGCAACUUUUACGCACGGUGCCAGAGGCGAUGCCUGUCUCCAGGCAAGCCGCGCAGACGGAUCAAUCCAUCUCAACGAAUCCCACAACGCAGGAGAGGGAGUCUGUGGCUCCUGCUGCACCUCCUGCACUCAGCGAGGACGGUUCAAACGAUGCGAACGGUAAUGGAGAGAACAUGGUUAACGACGACCCUCGAAACCCGUUUAAAAACCACAGGAAUUCUGUUUUCUACAACGCCUAUCCCACGAGAGGAAGGUCAGUGGCCCGCACGCGCCGUCCACCUGGCACAGGAUAUGGGACAAGGUUUUUCCAAAAUGGACUGCCAGACCUGGUGCCAGACCCAUAUGCCAUCCAAGCAGGUGCUUAUAUUCAGCGCAUGCAGAUGUUUGCGCUCCGCUGUGCAGCUGAGGAGAACUGUCUGGCCAGGUCGGCGUACGGACCCAACGUGAGAGACAUCGACUUCAGAGUCCUGCUGCGGUUCCCCCAGAAAGUGAAGAACCAAGGAACCACUGACUUCCUUCCUGUCAAGCCGAGAUAUCAGUGGGACUGGCACAGCUGUCACCAACAUUACCACAGCAUGGACGCCUUCAGUAACUACGACCUGCUGGACGUCGUCAGCGGACGUAAAGUGGCCGAGGGGCACAAGGCCAGUUUCUGCCUGGAGGAUACAGGCUGUGACCCCGGGAUCAGGCGGCGAUACGCCUGCACGUCUCAUACACAGGGACUGAGUCCAGGAUGUCAUGACAUCUACGCUGCCAACAUCGACUGUCAAUGGAUCGACAUCACUGACGUGCCUCCAGGAAACUACAUUUUAAAGGUUACCGUCAAUCCCAAUUCCCACGUCCUGGAGUCAGAUUUCACCAACAACAUAGUGAGAUGUGAUAUCAUGUACACAGGAGUUUAUGUUCAGACACGCAACUGUCGAGUAACAAGGGGUUGAAAUCUCCCUUUCCCAGUGCUAUCUGCAGGAGUUUUGCAGCAAACAUCUCUCCUUGUACUGUACAACAACAACAACAACAACAACAAAAACAACUCUUAACUCUUGACUUAAAAAGUGCAAUUGGUGCAAGUGUUUAAUCACUGCUAUAGUCUUGUGUUGCAUUUACUGGAAAUAAAUGCAAAAGUUUACACAUAUUUUGUACAUUAAACUGUUGAGAUCCUCAGAUUUACUUGAUGAUGUAUUUCUACAAAUGUGCCUAAAUCCACAGCAAAAAUAUAUUUUUUGCCUUAACAAACACAAAAAAAGUACUGUGUUCAUAUACAUUUUUUUCUUGAAUUUACUGCUUGAAAUGCAUUUUGUUGCCCCUUGUUGUCUUUGUCUUGUUUUUUUCUGCUUUGUGUUAUUACUAUGUGCACAUGAUUAGUCUUUACAGUUUUAUUAAGGAUAAGAUAUUCUGUAUUUUUGUUAUUGUCAACAAAUAUCACGAGAAGACAAUUAUGUGUUCAUCUCUCACUAUUAUACAGCUCCUACACCCGUCUGACACUCUCAGUCCCAAGUCUGUUGAGUCCUUCUGAAGAAAGAAAUCUUAAAAAGCUGGUCACAAAUUUUACAUUUUAUUUAAAAAAAACAACUUAAAAUAGUCUCAUUUAUUUUGUGGAAAGGCUGGGCACUCUAGUUUGCAAAUGUUACUGAAAUGUGAGGAUUUUUUUAGAGACUUUGUAAUGUUCACUGCUGGUCUUUUCAUUUGAUGUGUAGAAUAAUAAGAAAAAUACAAAACAUCACUUAUUCUUUAACCACGUGGCAGUCUCAUUAGCAAAUAUCUUGUUUUAUGUUGAAUAGCAGUAUGCUAAGGUGUGAAUGUGUGCUUGAGAGUGAGUGAAAAAUGUGGGAAAAUAAUUGUACAAGUGUUAAUAUUGCUAAAACUUUGUUGGAAACCUUGUUAUAUUCUAUUGGCAUGUUGAAUUUAAUGCAA